AUUGCGACUACGAUUCAAGUCGGAUAUUCUAAUAUAGAACAGGACUCAGUUACCCAAAAAAAAAAAGAAAAAAGAAGAGGACUCAUAUGGUCAUAGGGUGUAAAACGAGUGGAAGGCACAACUUUAGGGAGCUAAAUGAAAAUAAACUCUCUUUUUUUUUCCCCUGUCGUCUUCUUUCUUUCUUGCACCUGAGUCCGCUCUCUCACUGCUCUUUCCAGCUCAAACUGGACGACCUUGUCUUAAUUUUCUGCCAUGGCAGCGUGACAAAAUGCUUAGGCUGCCAUUAACCAGACUCUGCCUCUCACAUUCCCGACCGAUCUACAGCCACCAAUUUCCACCGCCCCAGCCUUCUUCCCCGCCGCCGGAAGAAUUCCUCUCCCGUUCCAUUCCCUCAGCUCUCCCGUCAGCCCUUCAGCACUAUAUCAACUCGGACGCCCCCCACCAUGGCCUAAAGCUUCACGCCCAUAUUAUAAAAACCGGGUUUCAGCCCAACGUUAAUGUCUCCAUCAAACUCCUCAUUCUGCAGUUGAAAAGUAGUUGCUUGAGAUAUGCCCAGCAAGUGUUCGACGAAUUGCCCCAGCGGACUCUUUCCGCUUAUAAUUACUUGAUCGGUGGUUACCUCAAACAGGGGCUAGCCGAAAAGUCCCUUGACUUGGUCCGCAGAUUGGCCUGCGAUGGUGAGAGGCCUGAUGGGUUCACUCUGUCUAUGAUCCUGAAGGCCUCUACUUGCGGCGAUAACACAUGCUUACCUCGGAAUUUAUGUGGGGUUGUGCAUUGCCUGAUUAUGAAGUUGGAUGUCGAAGCAGAUGAUGUUCUCUAUACGGGUCUUAUUGACUCGUAUGUUAGGAGUGGCAAAGUCCAUUAUGCCAGAAUCGUGUUUGACAUGAUGUCUAAGGAGAAUGUGGUCUGCUCGACUUCAAUGAUCACAGGGUACAUGAACCGAGGUUGCAUUGAAGAUGCGGAAGAGAUAUUUGAGAGAGUGUUUGAAAAGGACAUUGUGGUCUUCAAUGCGAUGAUCGAGGGAUACAGUAAACGUAGCGAAUACGCUAAUCGAGCACUUGAGGUUUACAUUGGAAUGCAGAGGUCAGGCUUUCGUCCCAAUACCUCUACAUUUGCGAGUGUGAUUGGAGCUUGCUCGGCCUUGGCAUCAUAUGAGGUUGCUCAGCAGGUUCAGUGUCAGCUUGUGAAGACGCAGCUAUUCACGGACAUCAAAUUAGGGAGCGCACUAGUAGAUAUGUACUCAAAGUGCGGCAGAGUUCAGGAUGCUUGGAGAAUUUUUGAUUGUAUGCCAGAGAGGAAUGUCUUCUCGUGGACUUCGAUGAUUGAUGGGUACGGGAAAAAUGGGGAACCUUAUAAAGCCCUUGAGUUGUUCUGUCUGAUGAGAGAGAGGCGGGUGGAGCCCAAUUACGUGACAUUCCUUGGAGCACUCUCAGCAUGUGGACAUGCUGGGUUAGUUGAAAAAGGCCGUGAGAUUUUCAAGGACAUGGAAAGGGAAUACUCAUUAAAACCGCAGAUGGAGCAUUACGCCUGCAUGGUUGAUCUUCUGGGAAGGGCAGGCAGCUUAGAUGAAGCGUGGGAUCUCAUCAUGAGAAUUCCUGAGAGGCCCAAUUCGGAUGUGUGGGCUGCAUUGCUUAGCUCGUGUAGGCUUCACGGAGAGGUUGAGAUGGCACGAGUAGCAGCCAAUGAGAUCUUCAAGAUGAAUGCAAGUAGUCGGCCUGGGGCAUACGUUGCGCUCUCCAAUACUUUGGCAGAUGCCGGGAAAUGGGACAACGUGAGCGAGAUUAGGGAAUUAAUGAAGGUGAGGGGUGUAGCAAAAGACACUGCUUGUAGCUGGGUUGGUGCCGACAACGUCUCAUGAGGCACAAAGGAGGUCGUCGUGUCGAGUCACAUUAUCACAUUCUUGAUUAGUUUCAUUGUACAUCGCAAGGAUCAUAGUCAAAGGAGACGGGUCAAACUUCAAAUCAUGCAAGUACCCGGGGACUAGUAUGAUUGGUCAAUCAAUUUUGUUAGAUUCCCAGCACAAAGAAGAAGACUACAAGCAAGGGGCUUUAAAAAUUGAAACUCAUGACUAGAAGCUAUACACAGCAGAGAGACAGGGGCAGCCUAUGUGGAAGGUUGAUGAGGUGGAGUUUUGGUAUAGGUUGUUCAUCCGUUUCUUUCUAUAAUCAGAACCUUGUCUUCUACGAGACGGCAGAGGCAAACCUUUGACUUUUUUAAUUAUAUAAUUUUGUCUUUCCAA